GAGAAACUCUUACCUGUACCCGAGAGAAGGAGUGCCAGUCGUCGUCGUCGUCGUCGGAUUCCAAAUCAGGAUCUACUUUUUCUUCUUCCAGCCACCCAGAGAGGUAGAAAUCGGCCAGGACCGCUGGGAACUGAACGAGCGACUGCAACAGGACUCCGAGCAUGGAGUCUAUAACGUCGUGGAGCGAGGAGAGAGUGAGCAAGUGGCUCCAAGGUUUGGAUACCCCACUGCAUCAAUAUACAGUUGCACAGUGGCAUCUAUCAGGUGUGGACCUGCUCCAGUUGACUUCUCAGGACCUGGAGACGUUGGGAGUCCAUAAGAUUGGACACCAGGAGCUUAUACUGGAGGCUGUGGAGAAACUGUGCUCUCUGACCUAUGGUAUGGACGGUGAGAACCUACGUGGUCUGAUAGAGAAGCACCGCGCUGUUGCUCACAGCCUACAGAUGGGCAUCCAGGCCCGCUGGCGCCUCAACAGCUACGACGGACGGCACACUACCAAGCUGACUCCCGCAAUUCUGCAUCUCGUAGUGGAACUCAUCGCCUCAGCCAAAGGCCUCUUCUCUUUGCUCAACAGAUGUCAAUAUUCCCAGCUCAAUACAUACACCACCACCAAGAACAUAUUCAGUUACUGCAAAGAGCUGGGAGACAUUGUGCACAAGAACAGCACUGGCUACGAAAAAGAAAAGGACAUCAUCUCUGUCUGCCGUCACUUGGUGGCGGUUUGUGACGAGAUCCUAAACUGCUGCCCCGAAGCGCUCCUCAAUCACACCGCUCAGCUAGAGAGUGUCGAACUGAUACCCGUGGCACCCGGUGAUCAGCUGGGCAUCGAGAUAACAUCCACCAACUCCAGCAACCACUACGUGACUGGAACUGCCGCUGAGGUCAGACUCUUGCCUUUAUUUUUCUUUCCUCAUUGUCCAUCGGUGUUGCUGCCUCAGGUGGGCUGGAGCAGAGUUAACCUUGUGAAGAAGCUGCGUGAGAAUCCCAGUGGGGUGACUCUCGUCUUGAAGAAGAUCCCUGGAUCAGUGCGACGCAACAACUCAGUUCCGCUCAUCUCGACACAGAAAGAAGAAGAGGACAAGGAGGUGAAAUCAGAGGAGGAAGAAGAAAAGGACGAGGAAGAGAGUCCACGGCAUUCAUUACUCAAGAGAGUGGCAGCAUCUGUCAGACGAGCUGUUCAGGGGCCAGAGGUGCAACAGCAGCCCAUGGGACAGGAAGAAUCUGAAAUAUCCUCAGUCAAGGAGCUUGAGGAAAAUCUGAGCCUCACUUCAUAUCAAAGCCGACAGGGGGCGCUUUUGGCACCAGCAGGGUCAGAGAGCUUGAGAGGUUCAAGGCUCUCACUAAAUCGCCUGAGAGACCGCUCGCCCUCGCCUGCAAAAACCAAACAGGACAGAGCUAGCAUCAGUUCCUGCCCUGAUAUGGUGGGACACACGGGGAACAAGGAUGGUAAGAAGACCUCCACUAAAGGAAAGACGACGGCUAUGAGCCGGCGUCGUGUGUCCUGCCGUGACUUGAGUCACCCCGACUGCGACGGUUGGCUCUGGAAGAAAAGAAAGGAGAGCAGUGUCUUCAUUGCACAGAAGUGGCAACGGUUUUGGUUCGUGCUCAACGGGCCUCACAUUUACUGGUACAAGAGUCAACAGGAGGAGAAGGCAGAGGGGUUUCUCAAUAUAUCCAGCUAUGGCAUAGAAAGCGCCGGAGAGCACAAGAGAAAAUACGUAUUCCAAAUGUGCCACCCAAAAUUUCAGAACUUUAUUUUCGCUGCGGACAAUGUCAAUGACAUGAGCAAAUGGAUAAACUGUCUGAUUACAGCCAUACAGAAACACAAGAAGUUCAACAAAGGCCCAGAUAAUGAGGAAGAGUGUUACAGUGAAACUGAAUCAGAGAGCGAAUCAUCUCCUUCAACCCGCAGGAAAAACAAGAAGGUACAGUCCAGCACCCUACCUCUCCCCAAGGGUAAGAACAGGGCGCCAUUACCCAGACCUACAACAGAGGGCAGCAAAGGAACAGAACCUGGUCAAGUAGAUGAGAUGGGCAUGAUGAUAAACAAUCUAAAGGAAGGGGGAGUUUCUCUGAUCGGCCACGAGCAGCCGUUCACGCACGACCACUUCAGGAAGUCAUUCAUUCGGCGCAACAAAAAUCCCGUCAUCAAUGAAAAGGCACUCACGCUCCGAGCUCUGCAAAGCACUCUAAAGGCCAAAGAAGCGGAGUUGCAGCAGAUCAACAAGAUCCUGGGCGACUCCGAUCUGACACCUUCAAAGUACCGUCAGUGGAAGAAGAACAACGAGGAGCUGUUCAAGGAAAUCGAGAAACUGGUCUCGCUCAAGGCCUCCAAAGCAGGGGACCGCGCACCUGAGCAGGUCACGCCCACUGAGGAGGUUGCCCUAGAAACUGUUGCCAAGGAAACAGCCGCCGCAGAGGCAGAAGGCGCAUAUAGACUAAGCCUUAGCGAUGGGGAGCAGUUAGUCGAUGCAGAGCCAUCUGACGUUCUUCUGGAGAUGUCACAAGCGUCUCCGAGCACAGACAGCAGCCCAGUAUUAGAACUCUCUCUCGGCUCGCUCCAGGAUUCAAUAAACAAACAGCUGAGUGAAAUGGCACAAAGUGGAGACACUUCAGAGAGCUACUUCUUCAUUUAAAGCCACACCAGUUCAAAGUUGCUCUGUUUAAUAACAGUUAAUAAUGUUAGACAAAUGAAAGCUUUUCUUCAUGCAACAAUGUGAGACAGCGCAGAGGGUUUUUUUUUUUUCAUUAGGAGCAGUUAAAAGUUGUAUUAAAAAUGGCCACAAAAUCAAACAUUUUCAAAUCAAACAUGUCAGUGAAAUACAUCAGUACAUACUUGUUUGUCUUUUUGUUUAGGAAACAAAUUUCGAUAAAUGACGAGUUUACAACAGCAAAGAGAACAUGAAAUUACCAAGUGUCACAGUCUUAGUUUGGUAUAUAUUUAUAUAAUUUUAAAAUUAUCAUUCUUCUUCUUCUGUGGUUAAAAAUCAUCAAGUAUGACUUUGCUUGGAACUUGUGAUAUAAGUUGUACCUUUUGCAAUGUGAUAUGUAUGUACAGUUUUACUAUAAAUACUCUAUGUAUUUGUUUAUUGACAUUACCUUAAUAAAGGUCCAUGUGAAUAAUUUUGUACACAAUUUCUCCAGAAACACUGCUGUUGCUCAUCUGGGUAAGUCCUUUUCAAACUCCCUUCAUGACCUUAAUGAGAACCUUUCACCAAAAAUUAUAUAUUUAAUGAACUUAAACCUCCUAAGACCUGAACUCUUUCAUGGCAUGCAUUUUUAAUUUCUCUUUGCUAUUUGGGCUGAUUGAGACCUGUUGAAUGUAAAAACAAACAAAUAUCUUUUUAUCUGAUUUUGCUCUUCAAGGGCCUGAUAUGCACCUAUGAGGUCAUUUGUUUUCAAUUCCAGUAGAACAGUGGCAGUAUAAUAUCCUCGUGGAUAUCCAGCCCUUGUAGAGCAAAAGUUUGUAUUGUGGUCUAGACAACCCAAAAUUUGGACACUAGGUCCUAGAUCCUAGGAGAAUAAAGAAGAGCUGCGUGACAGCCGAGGUUCUCAAUUACCUUUUGCCUGGAUCUGCUGUAAAUGCACUAAGACAGAUGAUGUCUUCCUAAAUACUAAGACAUCCCAUGCGACCCUGCUGCUUUAAACUGUAACCUUCACUUGCUCAAUUAAAAAAACGAGAGUGUAACGAUCA